AUUAUUUUCCCGCUCACAUUUCUUCUUGGCCACCACAAAACCUGCCGCCUACCGCCACCGACUCCUCCCACGGCCUUCGAUCGGAUGUUGUGGCUCUUCUAGAUUAGUUUCUCCACUGGGCGAAAAAAUCAGACGGAUUUGCUGCUCCACCUUCUGCCUCGGUCCGGGUCCGACCGAUCCCCGCUUCCACCAGUCCGGCCACCGCGUGACCGCUUCAUUCUUCAAAGUUCAAACCCUAACCCAAAGGGAAAUUUUGAGUUUUUGAAGAAAGGGUUCAUUAUUUACAGAAUGACCGGAGAACAGGUUGAGAAUGGAAGGGAUGACAUGCUAAUCGAUGGACUUGAACCCAAGCAAAACCAUAAUGUUGAAAUUUCAGAAGCAUUCAACUCAAAUUACCUCAGAACUUACUAUGCAAAGCUUUUCCCGUAUGCUGAUAUGUUCAAAUGGAUGUCAUAUGGAAAUGAUGGAAGACACCCCGGGUGUGAUCAGUCAUACUUUGGUCGAAGAGAAUUUUCUUUCACGCUGGAAAAUGAAAUAUACUUGCGGUUUCAGUCCUUCAACAGCAUUGCUGAACUGGAAAAGGCUAUCAAGGAAAAAUGCCCGUUCAAAAUUGAUAUUGGAGCAGUUUACAGUGUUGAACCUGCAAAGAGGGAAGCCUAUUCACAAGCUGACGGUUUCAAACCUGUGGAAAGGGAGCUUAUAUUUGAUAUAGAUAUAUCAGAUUAUGACGAUGUUAGAUUUUGCUGCUCAGGAGCUAAUGUAUGCCCAAAAUGCUGGCCUUUGAUGACAGUAGCAAUUAAAGUGAUUGAUACUGCCCUUAGAGAUGACUUUGGAUUUAACCACAUUCUAUGGGUAUACAGUGGUCGACGUGGUGUCCAUUGCUGGGUUUGUGAUGGAAAAGCAAGAAGGUUGAAUAAUGAACAAAGGGCUGCUAUUGCUGAUUAUUUACAUGUCUACAAGGGCAAUGAGAAUAGCCAGAAAAAAGUUUCUCUAAUGGGCCCUCUUCAUCCUUUACUGGCGAGAUCAUAUACUGAAGUUCUGAAAGAUUUCUUUGAGGAUAAAUUCCUUUAUAGUCAAGAAUUGUUUUCAGAUGAGGAGAGAUACGAAAAGAUACUGGAAAUGAUUCCGGAAGAAUCUGUUACUUCUGAACUCCGGGGAAAGUGGCUUGAUAACAAGCGUUCACGGGAUGAUAUUAAUAUAGCCCGAUGGGGGCUUGUUAAACAGCAGCUGCUAUCUGGGAAACACAAGGCACUGGGUAUUCGCAGGUGCGUGGAAGAGAUUGUGUUCUCUUUUACCUACCCUAGACUUGAUAUGGGGGUUUCAAAACACAUGAAUCACUUACUGAAGGCACCAUUCUGUGUACACCCCAAAACAGGCCAUGUUUGUAUCCCAAUUGAUCCAAACCAUUGUGAAGAAUUUGAUCCUUCUACUGUACCAACUCUUUCCACGGUAAGAAAAUUAAUGAAAAUCAUACAUCAUCAAUUGCAACUUAGCACUUUGAAGUUCAUCAAACUUUUUCCUGUGUUAUAAGUUCAUUCCUGUUGC